AAAUGUCCCCACUUUGUAGAUUGGCCCGCCCAAAAUAAAUCGAUUUGAAAGUUGAAACUCUCAUUUUUUAGAGUCUCUCUCUCUCUUUUCAUCUUUUGGUUUCAAGAAUGAAGGCUUAGGAGACUUCAUCUCUUUAGAGACUUAACCGCAAUAACAAGUCUUCUUAAGUUCUUAGUUUCUCUUUUCUUGAAUUGAUUGUUGAGUAUCUUUCUUGUUAGCUGAGUGACAUUUUUGUUUCUGUGUUUUGUUUUUAUUUCUUCGGGACGGUGAUGGCCACCGAGUCGACGGUCCAACUAAGGCUCGUUCGUUGUCCCAAGUGCAAGAAUCUCUUACCAGAGCCUAAAGAUUGCUCCUUUUUUCAGUGUGGUGGUUGUGGAACCGUUCUUUGCGCCAAAAACAAGGAUCGUGAAGCAGAUUUGGUGUCGGUUGAGUCCGUGGAUAAUACCGCCAAAGCAGCUGAAGUUAACUCUGUUUUAAGUGAUUAUGACUCUGAUUCCAAUUUUUCAUUAAGAGACCAACAUAAUGGUCAAACAGAGACUUGGGAUGUUCACUGUGAUCCUAGUUCGAAACUUAAUGUCGUGGAUUCUGGUGAUAAUGAGUCACAACCGGGUUCGGAUGGGUUUAGGCAAAGAACAAAGAAGAGAUGCGAUUUCCAAGGUUUCAGAUUCUCCACUUCUAACUAUUUCACAGAUUCUCUGUCUAGUGAUGAAGCCAUUGAUCAAGACAGAGCUGGACUGGUGAGAAAAUUGGAUAAGCUAAAAGAACAGCUUCUUCAACUUAACGAGCUGCAGAUCUCGAGUCCUUCUUCAAGAUUAGAAAAGGCUCCAUUGCGGUUUUUCAGUUCUGGAAAACAUGCUGCAAGUUCUUCAUAUCACCGUCAUUAUCCAGAACCUGAACCUCCAUAUCUUUAUAGCAAUAACCCUGAUGUUUCUCUGCGUGGUCCGAUGCAUAACUUUUCUCAUGUUCCAGCUUAUGAAGACCCUCUCGGGAUCCAGAUGCGUGAAAGAACUCUGCAGCCAUCUCAUCUGCACAACUCUAGACAGUAUAUUGCCAAUAAUGGUCAUGAUUUGUUUGAUACACACCCACGAAAUGGGAUGUUACAUCAAUCAACUUGCUCUUGUUCCCACUGCUAUGAUCCAUAUCAUAGAGCUUCAGGCUCAGUGUUUCCUCCCUCAGGUUUGCCUGAUGCUCUGCAUAAUGCUGGUUUUUAUCCUCAUGAGAGAAGUUUUGGUCAUAGUCCGAGAACCUAUAUUUCGCAUCCUCCUGGUUCUCAAUCUCCUGGUCCACAGCUCCAUGGAAGAUGUCCGAGUGGAUUUGGGGAUGCGCGAAUGAAUGCUAUUUCUCGUGUUCGUCCCCCGAAAGCUGUAUCAUCUUCAGGUGGUUCUCGUCUAAUCCACCCUGUGGCUGGUGGUGCACCAUUUAUAAACUGUAAAAACUGCUUCAUACUUCUGAAAUUGCCAGACAAAAUAGAUUCUGCGACGAGAAAGCAACAGAGACUGCGGUGCGGAGCAUGCUCUUGUGUAAUAGAUUAUUCCUUUGUUGAUAAGAAACUCAUUCUCUCUAAGGAUCCUGCUUCACCAAAAAAAACAGAAACUCAUAAUAGGUUGAAUUGGGUAACUGCUGCUAACUUCUCAUCUGAUGACUAUGAUAAUACUGCUUAUGAAUUCCAUGCAAUGGAUAGAGGACCGGACAACGUAUCAACUGGUCUGGCUUUGGUUUCUGAAAAAGCUCAAGAAAUGCAGAUUGCGGAUUCUACUUCUCCUAGUGUCUCUGAAGACGAGCUAAGCUCAGACAGUUCAACAGUUAGGAAAGUUACUCCUGAUUCACCUCUUCACAAACACUUUGAAUACUCUUCAACCAAUGUUAGGGACCGGUCUGGGCCAAGGAGCCGCAGCUCUCGUUCAGAACUGGACAAGGUCACGCAGAGAAAAACAGCCAUGAGACAGAACUCUAUGAAAGAUGCUUCAGUUGCAAUUGAGAUGGACUUUAAUGAUUACUCUCACAACAAUGAAGUGUCUCAAGAUUCGGCAAAUGACUAUACAGAUGAUCAGGGAAGAACCAAGCAGGGCGGAUUCGCGAGUAUUAUGAAGAAUAGCUUCAAGGAUCUGAAGAAGUCUAUACAGAACGAAAGCAGAAGUGAUGUCUCAGUAAAUGGGCAUCCUGUAGCUGAACGUCUGGUGAAAAUGGCAGAGAAGCAGGCUGGACCAAUUAGGCCAGGAAACUACUGGUACGACUACAGAGCUGGAUUCUGGGGAAUAAUGGGAAGUCACUGUCUUGGAAUAUUACCGCCUUUCAUUGAAGAGCUCAAUCACCCAAUGCCAGAGAAUUGUGCUGGAGGAACCACAAGAGUCUUUGUGAAUGGAAGGGAGCUUCACCAGAAAGACCUGCGCUUGCUCAAUGCCAGAGGUCUCCCACGCGACAGAGAUCGAUACUACACUGUUUACAUCUCAGGUAGAGUAAUAGACGAAGAUACCGGUGAAGAGCUAGAUAGUCUUGGCAAACUUGCCCCAACGGUCGAUAAGCUAAAGCGUGGGUUCGGGAUGAGAGUACCAAGGAGAGCUACAUGAAGAGAUCUAAAGGAAUGUUUCAUGACCAUCCCAGUUAUGUUAUUGUAUUCUCUAAACAUCCGUGUUAGAUUAUCUUAACAUUACUAGGCUGAAACUUUGUUCUAAAUCUACAGAGCCUAGUGAUCAAUGUAAAGAAUGAGAAAGUGGAAAAUGAAAUAUCAUUAUUGGCAA